AGAGACUCUGGCUGACUCAGUAGGCAGAGACAGACACAGAAACAGAGGAUAGAAAGAGAGAAAGAAACACUGUGUGCUCCCUCCCUCCAGACGCCCUCCUCUGACCGAGGGAAGUGGCCAGGGGCUCAGAGUAGGAGAGGCAGUGUAGGCACAGAAGACGGCAAGAGAGACCCUGCAUUGCUGGUGGGAUCAAGGGACUCUGAGGGGCGGAUAGACCAACGCAAAGACUGGCAUUCUGAGAGAGUGACAGCUUCAAGAGCAGAGCGCAGCAAGGCGAGAAUCCUGCGCUGAGCUGCCAGACUGACUGACUGCGGGUCAGACUGACAGAAGUACAGACAGAAGAGCAGACAGGAGUCCGGGGCACAUUCACUCUCUGCAGCCAGUGGGGAAGAGAAGGAGGCGGCGGUGGCGGCGCCCUGAGUGCAUCAGGAGCGGCGAUCAGCCGCAGGGGCAGCGGGCGCGCAAGCCCCAGUCGCUGCAGCCCCAGCCAGGCUGCCACAGCUGUGUGGGUAUCCCAGCCCACUAUGCAGAAAGCUCUUAACUAGCAGUUAAAUAAAUCGGCCAAAAAAAAAAAAAAAACCAACAACAGAAAAGGAAGCCAAAAACAAAACAAAACCAAUCCAGCCAAAUCAAUCAUUAAGAAACAACAAUAUUAAUAAAAACCAAAAACUAAAUCAAAUCAACCAAGACACCAAGAAGCUGGGGGGAUAUCCACUGUUCGUCAAGAGUGACUCAUCUGCCUUGCUGAGCCCUAAGGAGAUCCAGUGAUUGAAGGAGCCAUCAGCCAGCUGACUUAACACUCAAGAGACCAGGGUUGAGGAUGAUGCGUCAAACUGUGUAAGGGAACCGCAAGGAGAUGGGCAUUCUGAACUGUUAAUGGGGACAUGGGACGCCAGUUGCCUCUGAUUACUUGUGUGGAUUUUCCCGGUGUAGAACGACAGAAGCCGCUAGUAAGUCACCAAGACCUACAGCAGGAAUUCUGCGUGAAAGGGCAUCAAACCUUGUUAUUUUAAUUUGCAUCUGGGAGAAUGUCUGAGCAAGGAGACCUGAACCAGGCGAUAGUGGAGGAAGGGAGGACUGAGCAGGAGACAGCCGCUCCAGAGAAUGGCAUAGUGAAAUCAGAAAGUCUGGAUGAAGAAGAGAAAUUGGAAUUGCAGAGGCGGCUGGCAGCUCAGAAUCAAGAGAGAAGAAAAUCCAAGUCAGGAGCAGGAAAAGGUAAACUGACUCGAAGUCUAGCCGUCUGUGAGGAGUCAACAGCCAGACCAGGAGCUGAAAGCCUUCAGGAUCAGGAAUCAAUUCAUUUACAGCUUUCCAGUUUUCCCAGCCUGCAAGAGGAGGAUAAAUCUAGGAAAGAUGACUCUGAGAGAGAAAAAGAAAAGGAUAAAAACAAAGAUAAAACCUCUGAAAAACCCAAGAUCAGAAUGUUAUCAAAAGACUGCAGCCAAGAAUACACGGAUUCUACAGGCAUAGACUUACAUGAGUUUCUGAUUAACACUCUAAAGAAUAAUUCCAGGGACAGGAUGAUACUCUUGAAAAUGGAGCAGGAAAUUAUUGAUUUCAUUGGUGACAACAAUAAUCAUUAUAAAAAGUUCCCUCAGAUGUCAUCGUAUCAGAGGAUGCUUGUCCAUCGGGUGGCAGCUUACUUUGGAUUGGAUCAUAAUGUGGAUCAAACAGGAAAAUCUGUCAUUAUCAACAAGACCAGCAGCACCAGAAUACCAGAGCAAAGGUUUUGUGAACAUUUAAAAGAUGAAAAAGGUGAAGAAUCCCAGAAGCGGUUUAUCUUGAAGCGAGAUAACUCUAGUAUUGAUAAAGAAGACAAUCAGCAAAACAGAAUGCAUCCAUUUAGAGAUGACAGACGAAGUAAAUCAAUUGAAGAGAGAGAAGAGGAAUAUCAGAGAGUGAGGGAGAGAAUAUUUGCACACGAUUCAGUUUGCUCCCAGGAAAGCCUUUAUGUGGAAAACAGUAGGCUCUUGGAAGACAGUAACAUAUGCAAUGAGACCUAUAAGAAAAGACAGCUCUUUCGGGGCAACAGAGAUAGCUCAGGGAGAACAUCUGGGAGUCGGCAGAGCAGCUCGGAGAAUGAACUCAAGUGGUCGGACCACCAGAGGGCCUGGAGCAGCACAGAUUCCGACAGCUCCAACCGCAAUCUGAAGCCCACUAUGACCAAGACGGCGAGUUUUGGGGGCAUCACGGUGCUGACCAGGGGUGACAGCACGUCCAGUACCAGAAGUUCUGGGAAGCUGUCCAAAACAGGUAGUUCUGAGUCUUCCAGCAGUGCAGGCUCUUCAGGAUCGCUGUCCCGUACCCAUCCACCUCUCCAGAGCACACCCCUGGUCUCGGGCAUGGCAGCUGGAUCUCCUGGCUGUGUGCCCUACCCAGAGAAUGCAGUGGGGGGCCAGGUCCCUCCCAGCAGCACCAGCUACAUCCUCCUUCCACUUGAAGCUGCAACAGGCAUCCCGCCCGGAAGCAUCCUCCUUAAUCCACACACAGGUCAGCCCUUUGUGAACCCCGAUGGGACUCCUGCAAUAUACAACCCUCCCGCCAGCCAGCAGCCCCUGCGGAGCACGAUGGUGGGACAAUCCCAGCAGCAGCCUCAGCAGCAGCCUUCUCCGCAGCCUCAGCAGCAGGUGCAGCCACCACAGCCACAGAUGGCAGGCCCUCUGGUCACUCAGUCUGUCCAGGGGCUGCAGGCACCCUCCCAGUCAGUGCAAUAUCCGGCAGUCUCUUUUCCUCCCCAGCAUCUCCUGCCUGUGUCUCCAACGCAGCACUUCCCCAUGAGAGAUGAUGUGGCCACACAGUUCAGCCAGAUGAACCUGAGCCGUCAGUCCUCGGGAGAGACUCCCGAGCCGCCACCGUCUGGUCCUGUCUAUCCGUCCUCCCUCCUGCCACAACCAACCCAGCAGCCCAGCUAUGUCAUCGCCUCUGCCGGCCAGCAGCUUUCUACAGGGGGGUUCUCCGGCUCUGGCCCUCCCAUCUCACAGCAAGUUCUUCAGGCCCCUCCCUCCCCACAGGGAUUUGUGCAACAGCCUGCAGCUGCACAGAUGCCUGUCUAUUAUUACCCGUCUGGUCAGUACCCUACCUCAGCCACGCAGCAGUACCGGCCCAUGGCCUCGGUUCAGUACAGUGCUCAGAGGGGUCAGCAGAUGCCACAGGCAGCACAGCAAGCAGGUUAUCAGCCAGUCUUGUCUGGUCAGCAGGGAUUCCAAGGCCUUAUGGGAGUGCAGCAGCCACCACAGAGUCAGAGCGUGAUGAGCAGCCAGCAAGGAACUCCGGUGCAAAGCGUAAUGGUCUCCUACCCAACCAUGUCUUCUUAUCAGGUGCCAAUGACGCAAGGUUCUCAAGGACUGCCCCAGCAGUCCUACCAACAGCCAAUCAUGCUACCUAACCAGGCAGCUCAAGGGUCACUCCCGGCCACUGGAAUGCCUGUUUACUGUAACGUUACACCGCCAAACCCUCAGAACAACCUUAGGCUGAUUGGUCCACACUGCCCCUCCAGCACUGUCCCUGUGAUGUCGGCCAGCUGCAGGACAAAUUGUGCAAGUAUGAGCAAUGCCGGUUGGCAGGUCAAAUUCUGAGAGGUCUGGCUGUGGUUUAUUUCAUCAGCUAUUACUCAUGGCCUUUAAGGGAAGAGGAGCAAGUUGGGAAGACUGGCUGAGGACUUAAGUAUUCACUCAACACUCAAAAGAUUGCUGCUGGUAUUCUGUAAAAAAAUAAACAAAGACUAAUACACAUGUUAGCUGGUUAAUGGUGCAUAUUUCUGUCAUGUCUGCUAGGUAUGCCUUUAUAGCUUAGCUAGUGACAUGAAUUCAUCGAGGUAAGAUUUUCUCCUACCACUGAACACCACUGUGUAGAUUAUAAUAUCCCUCAUUUGGAUUAGUUUUGUACUUUGUGUUGAGUUUGUGAUGCUAAAAGUAUUUAAAAAUUAUAUACUGAAUCACAUUGUACCAAAGCUGUAAUGGAAAAGAAAAGAAGAAUUGAUGAAUGGAAGGAAUAAUUUAUAUACAUUAUAGAGUUUUCUUUUUUUAAUGCAUAUAUACUGUAUUGUAGU